GAGGCCGGGACACCUGUAGACCACAGAGGACGUGGAUCCCGAACGCCGCUCUACCGCGCCGCUUACAUGGGGCACGCAGACAUCGUGGAUACAUUGUUGGCAGCAGGGAGCAUUGCUGGAGGCGAGAGAGGCAGACUUUGCUUGCACACCUCUACAUGUGGCAGCUCAGCAAGGUCACCCCACCUGCAUCCAGAUGCUUGUGAAUGCCGGAGCAGACAUGUAUGCCCGGGAUAUCUGGGCCAGCAUUCCACUACAUCGUGCUGCCAUGAACAACAAGCCUGAGGCCAUCAUGCAACUAAUAGAGUGUGGCUGUGACCCCCAAGUCAAAAACAAGUUUGGAAAGACAGCACUGCACUUUGCUGCUCUUGGUGGUGGCCUGGAUUCAGCUAAAGUCCUUGUGCUGAAUAAUUUGAGCUAUCAUGAGAAGGAUGGCCAGGGUUUUUCAGCACUUGACAUAGCUAGAGUAUAUAGUAAUCACGAAGUUGAAUGGUGGUUCCUCAAAAACCCUUCCCCUGAAGUCAUGCGUCUUCCCAUGGCUGUACCAAAAGCAACAGACUCGGAAUGCUCCUCUUCUGGCUUACCUGGAGAUGGGUCUCCACCAGACUCUUUGUCCUCAGUCUCUCCCGCUACACAGAGUGCAGCCACAGUUACCUAUCACUCAGGUGCAGAAAAUGCAGAUAUUAUUUCAAAUGAUGGGGCAAAACCAGAUAAUACAAAGGUCACAACACAAACUAACACAGUCACAGAAGACAAAGUCAGAAAUACUGAUGAAGCUACAGCUGAUAAAAUUUCAGUUACCAUAAAAAAAGCAGUCACCACAUUAAAGCCAAAGAUUUCCCCUGACACUCGGCACAUUAUGGCAGAUAAAAGCUUGCGAAUUGAAGAAGAGCUUUCGAAAAGUAUCCUUGACUAUAUCAGGAGAGGAGCUAGUCAUCUGCUCAUCAAUAUCCACCACAGUCACGAUGGUCACUACCAAGAUAAGAAUGGAUUAACGCCUCUUCACUGGGCUGUCGUGCUAAAGGAAGCUCGAACGGUGAAAGUGCUCUUGGACAUUCAUAAGCUCUAUCCAGAAGCUUUGUCCUAUUCCGGAGAGACACCAGCUGAUCUCGCACGACAGGCCGGGAAUAAUGAGGUUCUGAAUAUUAUGAACAGGUUUAAGGUUAUUAAGAAAGCGGAGGACCCUGAGGAGCUGUACGAGGAGCUCUUGACAGUGAUCGGUUCCGGGGAUGACGCGUUGAAAGCUUCUGAACUGCUGUGCCAAGGUGCCCCUCUCGAGCCUGUGGGUAGUCUCUCUACUCAUGCUCUGUCCCUCGCAGUCACGUCCAACCGCCGCAAGAUAGUGAGUCUCCUCAUUGCUGCUGGGGCUCCUCUCACCUCCAUGGCUGGGGGCCUGACUCUCCUGCAGCAGGCCUGGAACUCCCCUGACGUCACAAUCCGUGUACAAGUCCUCAUCACUAGGGCUUAUAAGAACAGAUUGGCUUGGGAGAAGCGGCAGCUCCCGUCAUGUGAACGCCUUCUCCACCAGGGCAUAGACCGCAUACUGGACACCCUGGGAGGCCCAACGCCAUGGCGGACCAAGUGGAAAUUCCUGGGCGUGAAGACGCUCACGGCUCUUAUGUGCACGGCUGCCCAGUUCAAUUGCACCCUCACAGUGUUCUUUCUGCAACAGGCAGGGGCUCAGAGCUUCCUGUUGAAUGAGGGUGGCUCUACGUCCCUCCAUGUGGCGCUCCAUUCUAAACACUGGAGUCUUGCAUCUGUUAUGGCUAAAGACAUGAGUGCAAGCCUUUACAUAUCUGACUCGUCAGGUAUUCUGCCAAGGGACAUCAUGCCCAACUACUUACGAGAGGAAAUAGAAGGGGAUUUGCAUGCAAAGGAGAAGAGGAAAUUAGAUGAUAUGUAUGAAAAAUUGAAAGAUGAGAGCGAAAAAGAAGAUGUAAAGCUUAUAAUCCAACUAUCAGACGACCUCUUCUCCCUCUAUCGAAACUCAGACGGCAGCAACAACUCUGAGAUUCCAUCUUAUCUCUCCUCUAUUGUCUGUGCAUCACUGUCAGUAGCAGCACAGAGAGGACUUCUGCAGCUCAUGUACAUGAUUGUGAAAUUCUGUGGGAUACAUCCGGACACAGUGGUCGACUACACCAACGACACCACCGCGCUUCACCUGGCAGCGGCCCAUGGCAUCUCCGGCUGCGUGGCUCUCCUCCUGGAUCUUAAUGCCAAUCCUUUGCAGCCGGACAAGUACGGGCACACGGCCUUGCAUUUUGCUGCCAUGAACUGCCACGACUCGACCUACCAGCUCCUGGCGGCAAUGGUUCAAGAAGAGGAACCAGUGAGCGUAGCAGGUACUGUGCCUUCAGACAUCAAAGAAAAUGUGGAUAAGUAUCUCAAGCUGUACCAGAAGACGGAGACUGCGAUCAAGGAUAACACUAACGUUCCAGAAAGAGCUGAUCCAGCAGAAGCAACAGUGACGUUGCUCAAACAAGUAGGCUUGAGUGACAUCCUAGAUGACUGUAGUGACUUCAGUGUUGACUUCAGUGAGGGUGAGGCAAGGGAAGUGAGCACAGCAGUCCAAAAGGAAUGUCAGAUUAUUGCCAAUGGAGUAGCAUUACAAGACAAGACUUAUGAGGGUACCCUGACUCUCGUGGGGAGCUCAUCCGACGGCACUCGCUUAUAUGCACCGGAUGAAUGUGAUAUUAGCAUUGUUCUUUCAAAUAUCCCCGAUGUUGAGGUCACGGUUGUGAAACAGAGCGAGCGGGAGGUUUUAGACUGUGGACACAGACUCAGAAUCGAGGUCAAGACAGAUGCACCAAAUUUUCAGGGCAACACACUCAUUGAGAACUUCUACAGCCUCGUUACAAGCUACCUGGAAUGCCAUACCCUGCACGACAAGCGACUGAGUGUUGUGCCCCCUGGGGUGACAAGGACCCAGGUGGGCGUGUCCCUGUCUUUCGCGUGGCAGGGGAGCCAGUACCCACUCCUACUCGUGGGGGUCGACCUGGUGCCAGUGCUCCCUCUUCCCUGGCCCAAGGACGUGCUGAGACCAGCGCUGACGCCUCAGGACAUUCAGGAGGUCCACCUCAGCAACAAGGCAGAUGGAACUUGGCGAUGCAGCUUUGCAGGAGCCGAAGUUGCAGUGAUCAGCCAGCUCUCGGCUGAGGAGCGACGGGUCUUCCUGUCCUGCAAGACGCUGCUGUCCCGCUUGAAGGCCGAGGUGUGGAUGCCCCGAGACGUGAAGUCGCUCUACACCUGGUGGGAUUCCCGCCAGUGGAAGAUUCCCAUUCCGGCCGGAUUCGCGCUGAAGAACGCCUUUCUGAACGUCUUGGAACGCAAGCGAAAGGAGGGACUCGAGUGGCGCGAGCAGGACCUGCUCAAGUGGAUGAUCAAAGUGUUCAGGGAAAUGUGCAAAGCUGACGUGGAUUUCUUCCACGAGCAGGAUGAGGUGCAGUCGCGCGAGGUCCUUGUGCCGAGGAAAGUGUAUGCUUACUUCGGAGGCGACUUUGAGAAGCCGAAGGUAGGCGACGGGGCUCCGGAUAUUGUCGAGAUUCUGGAGCAACAACUUCAGAGCAACUGAUCGUCUUCAAUAAAUAUACAGUUAAUUUCACAUUUAUUUGUCUAGCUAUUACGUUAUAGAUUUUUUAUUUAUUUAUUUAACUAUUUACAAUAUAGAGAAGCACAUAUAGUCAUACAUAUACAAUAAAUAAACUUACACGUACAC